AUGGAGUUGAGAUCGGAUUCACGAUCGACUUCGUUUUCUUCUCUCCUUUUCGUCGCGUUUCUCUCGGUUUUAACCGGACUUGUUUCCCGGACCGAGUCGGCUAAGCAACCUUUCCGCCGCGAGCCGGGUCAUCCUCACUGGCAUCACAGCGCUUUCCACGAUGUACGAGAGAGCGUGCGAUCCGAUGUCCGACGCAUGCUUCACUCCCGUGCCGAGGUACCAUUUCAGGUUCCUCUAGAAGUGAAUAUAGUGCUUCUAGGUCUAAAUGGAGAUGGAGGAUACAGGUACUCCGUGGAUUCUCAGAAAUUAGAGGAGUUCUUAAGAGUUAGUUUCUCGACCCAUAGGCCCUCAUGCCAAGAGACGGGAGAACCACUUGAUAUUGAGCAUCGAGUGGUUUAUAAUAUAUUUCCUGUGGGGCAACCUGAAUUAAUAGCUCUGGAGAAGACAGUGAAAGACGCCAUGGCCGAUUUUGGAAGACACUUACCUGCCUAUGACGUAGAGGCAACAAAAGUUGAGUCCGCAUUUAACCGGCUUUACUCUUAUAUAUUUGAUAUGGAUGUGGGAGCUGGAUCAGCAGCAACGGCGGAUAAACCCAUACCAAGUGCCAUAUUUCUAGUGAAUUUUGAUAAGGUAAGAAUGGAUCCUCGAAAUGCAGAGAUUGAUCUAGACAGCUUGAUGUUUUCAAAGCUACCAGAGCUUAGUGAUGCAGACAAGGAGAAACAAGAGGCAGAUUAUAUUUAUCGAUAUAGAUACAAUGGUGGAGGAGCAUCCCAAGUUUGGCUUGGAUCAGGCAGAUAUGUUGUCAUAGAUUUGUCUGCGGGGCCUUGUACAUAUGGGAAGAUUGAAACUGAGGAGGGAAGUGUUAGUCCCAGAACACUGCCAAGGAUAAGAAACAUUGUGCUUCCAGGAAACGUUAACACUGUUGGUCAUCAGUCUACCCAUGAUAUUUUUUCUGGUCAGUUAGGGGCAUUAGUAGCUACUACAAUUGAGCACGUCAUAGCUCCUGAUGUUAGGUUUGAGACAGUUGAUCUAGCAACUAGAGUGCUGGUGCCUAUCAUUGUGCUCCAAAACCACAAUCGAUAUAACAUCAUGGAAAGAGGACAAAACUACAGCAUAAAUGUUGAAGAGAUAGAAUCCGAGGUAAAGAAAAUGAUUCAUCACGGGCAAGAAGUAGUGAUCGUUGGAGGGGCUCAUCCUUUACAUCGCCAUGAGAAGUUAGCUAUUGCUGUCUCAAAAGCCAUGCGUGGGCAUUCCCUUCAGGAAACUAAGACGGAUGGGAGAUUCCAUGUGCAUACCAAAACAUAUCUAGAUGGUGCUAUCCUCAAAGAAGAGAUGGAAAGGUCCACUGAUGUUCUAGCUGCUGGGUUGCUCGACGUGUCUGACCCUGGACUUUCUAAUAAAUACUUUCUCCGCCAGAGCUGGUCAGAUGAUUCUGAAGGUUCGAGUGAUUCCAUAGUAAAGCACAAGCCUCUCUGGACACCUUAUAGCUCGAAAGUUCAGAAGGGAAAGAAAAAGAAGGCUGUAAAGAAAAAAGGCGACCUCUACCGGACUUACGGAACAAGAGUUAUUCCAGUGUUUAUACUCUCGUUAGCCGAUGUGGACCCAAUGCUCAUGAUGGAAGAUGAGAGCCUCGUGUGGGCUAGCAAUGAUGUAGUCAUUGUGCUUCAGCAUCUAAACGAGAAAAUACCUUUGAGUUAUGUUUCUGAAACAGAGAGACAGCACGCGGUUCCAUCACAAGUACAGAGGCAUAUACUAGCAGGUAUAGCAUCUGCUUUAGGUGGUGUAAGUGCACCAUAUGAAAAGACCUCUCACGCGCAUGAAAGGCCUGUCACCAAUUGGCUUUGGGCUGCUGGUUGUCACCCGUUUGGACCUUUCUCAAACACCUCUAAGAUGAGUGAAAUGCUUCAAGAUGUUGCAUUGAGGAAUACUAUUUAUGCUCGGGUUGAUUCUGCUCUACGCAAAAUCCGGGAAACAUCAGAGAUAGUACAGAACUUUGCAUCUGAAUACCUCAAAACUCCACUUGGAGAGCCAGUGAAAGAUAAAAAAAACAAAACCAAAACUGAGCUCUGGGUUGAGAAAUUCUACAAAAAGACAACCACAUUGCCUGAGCCUUUCCCACACGAGCUAGUCGAAAGAUUAGAGAAAUAUCUAGACACCGUUGAGGAGCAACUGGUGGAUCUCUCUUCUUUGCUAUACGACCACAAACUAUACGAUGCUCAUCUCAACAGCUCAGAGAUUCUUCAGACCACCAUGUUUACACAACAGUACGUAGAACAUGUACUGGAAACAGAAAGGGAGAACAUGAGAUGCUGUACGAUCGAGUACAAAUACACAGUUGGGGUCAAGUCUUAUCAAACAUUGGUGUACGGAGGAAUACUUAUCGCAGGUUUUCUUGUGUACUUCCUUGUCAUCUUCUUCUCUUCACCUCCUGCUCGUUGA